AGGACUCAGCUCCGCCUCAGUGCACGGCCGGACUCGCUUGCUGUAGGACCGAAAGACCAGGCAGGCUGUUCGUGCCACGAGCCCACGUUCCACCUUCGUCCUUGGGUUUAACACGUGUCCCCGCGUCGUCGGACUGAGCUCCGACCGACAGACCUCCUCAAACCAUAUCCUUUCCCGGGACGAAGUAGUGGAGAAUCUCAUUUCGUGAUGAUAACAGGUGUGCGAAGAGAGAGGAGGGAGAAUGGCCGAGAGAGAAGCACGUGUGAGUGAGAGAAUCGCGGGGAUCUCGCCUCCAGCCUCAGUCAUCGCCACUUUUACUACGCGCAGAAUGAGGUCAUCGUCAGCCGCGGCCGACAGCUGAGUCCUUGAAUGCAGGCCGGGCCGGCGGCGGCGGGCGAGCGAAGGCGCGUGGGCGUGCGAGGGCCGCGCGGGCGUGAGACAUGGCGUGGCGGUCACCUGCGAGCCUGUCCCGGUGGGCGGCGAGGGCGGUGGUGGCCGGCGUCGUCAGGGAAACGGAGCACCGUCUGCGUGGCUGCCUCGCCCUCGUGCCGGCGGAGCUCCUGAUAGCGAGGGCGACCGCUGGGCUCCUCCUCAGGAACAGGGAUUCAGGAGACAGCCAGCGAAAGGCGAUGUGAUGGAUCAUGCCCUUCGCCUCGCUAAGGAGCACGUGCAGCGCGUGGAGCGAUGGUGGCGCAAGCUCCCCGGGCAGCGCGCGGCGCCGGGCCACGUCCUCCGCGAGACGCUCGAUGCGAUGACGGAGGUGAACCCGAAGUACGACCAGGACUUCCCGACGCACCUGACGCGCCUCCUGCUGAAGCUGGUGCUGCUGGACGCCGUGUUCGUCGACCGGGACUACGGGGACAAGGACCGGCGGUGCGUGGUGCCCUUCGCGUGGGAGCGGUGGUUCGCCCGCCUCGUGGCAAGGCUCGGCCCUUUCGCCCACCUUCAGGAGCUCCAGGUCUACGGGGGGAUGUACCCGAGUAUCCUGGCGGCCAUCCUGAAGGGCGCGCCGUUCCUCACCUCGCUCCUCAUCUCGCACAUCAACAUCACCGACGAGAUCCUGCUGGUGGCCAGCCGCUUCUGCCCGCGCCUCGAGAAGCUCUACCUCCUGCACAACUACCCGUGGCAGGUCAUUUCCCUGAAGGCCUUCUGCGCCGCCUUCUUCGACGGCGCCUCCAAGAGGGACUUGGUGAGGGUGAUGCGAGCGGGCUGCGAGGGGAACAUAAACAGAACUUUUGAUUCGCUCAGAGAGGUCGACCUCGCCUACGGUGAGAUAGAAGUGGCGAAGGAGUUCCACAAAUUCCUCCUGUCUUUCUACCCUGACCUGACUAGCAUCAGCUGCGAGUGGAGGACGAACAUGUUCGAGGACGGCUACUCCAGCCAUGCCUACGACGUUCUCUUCCCCAUAAUCUCGAAGGGGCAACAGGUCUCCCUGAAGCGCGUGUUUCUAGACGGGGUGACGCUCUACAGCACGGGGCGCGCGCGCCUGCAGCAGUUGGCGUGGAGCUCCCCGGCCGUCACGUCACUGGCGCUCGACUGCAGCACGAGAGGCAGCCCGAGGGUUUACGAGACCGCGGGAAGGCAGCUGACGGAGCUGCUGUCGGAGUGGACGCACUUCUCGGAGCUACAUGCGAACGUCAGUUGCGAGGACCACGUCACGCACGCCAUGCUGGCCCCUGCCUUGCGGGUUCACGGGGGGAGGCUGACGGCCCUCACCCUCGAGGCCUCCAGCCCUGGCCAGCGGCUCCACGUGGCCACCGUGUGCCUUCUCGUGCAGCUCUGCCCCGCGCUGGCGUCGCUCAGGCUGCGGGUGUGGAGCCGGAGCAUGCUGGAGGCGCCGGCCACGCAGCUCUCGCCAUCGCUGCCGCUGCACUGCGUCCACCUGGAGGAAUUCUGUCUGCACGAAGACGGCCCCGGCGACCAGGAUGACCCAGUGGCCGAGGUGGGACACCUGGCCCGCUGGACAGGGCUCAUGGAGACGGUGAUGACGGCCUCCCCUCUACUGACCACACUCAGCAUCAGCAUCUGCCGCGGCGUGGCUCCGCUGAUGGACAAGUUACAGAGUGAUAUCCACGUCCUCCACCUGCACGUGACAGAUGGCUACGAGUGGGAGCCAUCGGUGGAGCAGAUCUGCCAGCUGGUGAGCCGCCUGCCGCGCCUGCAACACCUGUUCUUGGAAGAGGUGUCUGGCCGCGUGUUCUGGCGAGUGCGACGUCGGUACCAGUUCACGGGGCUUCGGGUGUACUGGGGCAAUCUGUACGGCUGGCCGAGGACUUGACGCGCGUCCUGGUGGCUGAAGGCGGGCAUGCGGAGAACUCUUGACCGGAGAGGGAGAUGCGUUAGUGCUGAAAACCUUACUGUAUGGAGGUCGUGGCUGCGUUUGCAAAGUGCUUUCGGAGGCGGAGAUAGUACAGUAGUGCAUAUUGCUCAACAUUUAAGCUAGUUAACAAAAGAUAGCAUUGAAAAUAUAGACAUAUAACAUUGGAUCUGCUUCAGAAUCAAACAAGCAAACAAAAAAAUGGAAUGUCGUAACAAAGUCCAGCGCUAGACUGAUGAUAUUCGAAAAUUGAAGAUAUACGUUUUAUUUCCCAAAGAUUGCAAAUAUUGCUGACGGGUUGCGAAGUUUGCAAAACGUUUAUCAAUAUAGUUGUAUAUUCUCCUUUCAGAACUUGAGUCAUGAA